UUGGAGGACGUAGCCUGUGAAUUUGGACAGAGGGGUUUGUCGAGCUUCCGUUCAUGCGCGCUGAACAGAAGAGCUAACGAGACUGCGAAGUGCGUGGAAAACAGGGAGAGAUAUUUGUUUCUUUUGGGAUCACGCUUUUUAAUAAACCAGUAGACUUAUGAGAGAGAAAACAGACAAAGUCUUGGUUUGCUGUUGGACGUUUGUCACUUGCAGUAAACGAACAUACAGCAUAUCAGCAACUUUUGGCUAAAGAGGGCUAAUAAACAACUCGCUGAAUGGCCGAAGGCUCCUCAGAUGCAGCGGACCUCAAUCCAGAGGGCUCAUCGCAUUCUAAAAAGCCAAACGAUUACAAGUCCAGACGUGGUCAGUCGAGAUUCAGUGGUGAGCGACGCUCAAGCGCUCCCUCUCAGCAGUACGGCCGCCCUCAUCGCGACUUCCAAAAGGCGGAUGCUCAUCGCCAACACGGGGAGGAGGGCGGCAAGAGACGAGGGCGAGGCCGACGGGAAGGAAUCCGAGCUGCCAAUGAGAAUUUUCACACCCCGCGCUGGCAAAGACCUUUCGCUGAUGACCAGCUGGACUACGGACCCGAUUGGACGAACUGGCGGAGAGACGAUGACUGUGGCAGUAGGAAUUUGGAACAGAGGAAGUUUAAACAUGAGAAUCCCUGCCGAGGAGAUGACCCUCAUUUAAGGGAGAAGAAUGGCGGCGUCAGGCGUCGGGCGCCGCAUGAUGAGACAGCAGAAUGGGAAAGGGGCCGGCGCCCCACGGCGGCCGAUCCUGACGCCCGUGGAGAUCAUCCCAAGAAACAGCCUGAACAGAAACGGCAACACGGACCCAUCAAACCUCCCAAAGUGGCGGCGCGGGGCGAGAGGGACUCGGAUCGGGCGGCCAGUCGCCGCGAUGACCGCAACAGACGACACCCGAGCGACCGUCGCGAAGGCCAGUGGAGUGCGCGCAACCGCAACAUGCCAGAAAGCAACGAAACCCAAACAGGAUGUCUGAUCGAGCAGCUGUCGUCGGAGAAGUACGAGUGUAUGGUGUGCUGCGACGUCGUCCGUCUGAUGGCGCCCGUGUGGAGCUGCCACAGCUGCUUCCAUGUCUUCCAUCUGAAUUGCAUCAAGAAAUGGGCGCGCUCACCAGCUUCCCAGGCAGACGAUUCCACUGAAGGUUGGCGUUGUCCCGCCUGUCAGAAUGUUGCACACAAACACCCGUCCACCUACACUUGUUUCUGCGGCAAAGUGACCAAUCCUGAGUGGCAGCGCAGCGAGAUCCCCCACAGCUGCGGCGACAUGUGUGGGAAGAGGAGAAGCGGCGGGGACUGCAAUCACCCUUGUAACAUCUUAUGUCAUCCAGGACCUUGUCCGCAGUGUCCAGCCUUUGUGACCAGAUCCUGCAUCUGUGGAAAAAUGAGUCAGCCCAUGCGCUGCAGCCAGCCCUCGCUCCUCCGCUGCGGCGAGGCGUGCGGCGCCGUGCUCAACUGCGGCCGACACGCCUGUGCUCAGGUGUGCCAUGGAGGAUCGUGUCAGCCCUGCCAGCUGCGAGUUCGGCAAGCCUGCUACUGUGGAGUCUCCACCCGUGAGAUCCCCUGUGGCACAGAUGAAGACGGAUUGGACGCUUCGGGAGAUUUCUCCUGCCAAAAGACUUGUGGAAACAUGUUAAACUGCGAAAUUCAUCGGUGCCAGCAGCCGUGCCACCCCGGCUCGUGCCCGCCGUGCCCUCGCUCACCCAGCGUCGUCAAGACCUGCCCUUGCGGCCAGACACCUCUGGCUAAACUGCUGGAGCUGGGCUGCUCGGACCGGAAAAGCUGCUCCGAUCCAAUCCCCUCCUGCGGGAAGACGUGCACCUUCCCCCUACCCUGUGGCUCCAAUGACACCAUCCACCAGUGUGACAAGCUGUGCCACGAGGGAGCCUGCGGGCCUUGCUCCCUGACUUCCACCAUCAGAUGCCGAUGUGCUUCCAAGACAAAAGAGGUGCCGUGUGCCACGAUCAAAAGCGAGGAGGAGCUGGUGUUCACCUGCGAAAAGCGCUGCAACAAAAAACGCUCCUGCGGCCGACAUAAGUGCGGCGAGCUGUGCUGCGUGAGUGUGGAGCACAAGUGCCAGCUCAUCUGCGGCUACAAACUCAACUGUGGCCUGCACCGCUGCCAGGAGCCUUGUCACCGUGGCAACUGUGAACCCUGCUGGCAGUCCAGUUUUGACGAGCUGACGUGUCACUGCGGGGCCUCCGUGUUGUACCCACCCAUCCCGUGUGGCACAAGCCCGCCCGAGUGCAAGAACCUGUGUACCAGGAGACACGAGUGUGACCAUCCUGUGUUCCACAACUGCCACAAUGAGGAGAAGUGUCCCCCUUGCACCUAUCUGACCGACAAGUGGUGCAUGGGAAAGCACGAGCAACGCAGCAACAUCCCGUGCCACCUCAGAGACAUUUCCUGCGGGCUGACCUGCGGCAAAACAUUGCCGUGUCAGAUGCACCGCUGCAAGCGAAUCUGCCACCGCGACGACUGCUCGGCAGCGGCGGGCGGAUGCGGCCAGCCGUGCGCGCUCCCCCGCCCGGAUUGCGCUCACGCCUGCGCCGCCCCCUGCCACACGGGCACUCCCUGCCCGCGCACCACCUGCGCCGCUAAGGUGGCGCUGCAGUGCGAUUGCGCUAGAAGGAAGGAAAUGGUGUCGUGCGCCGAAGCUGCCAGUUCCCAUCAGAAGUACGCCGCCAUCGCCGUGGCCAGCAAGCUGUCCGACAUGCAACCGGGCGACUCCACGGACAUGGGCCCGCUGCUAGCCAAGAAGGAGCUCAAAGAGAGCAGGCUGGAAUGCGACGAGGAGUGCGCCACGCUGGAGCGGAACAAGCGCCUGGCCGAAGCCUUGCAGAUUGACCCCUCCUCGGACCCCUUCCGUGCGCGCUCCCCCUCUGUGUACAGCGGCAGCCUCAAAGAGGACGCCAGGAAAGACUUGAAGUUUGUCUCGGGCGUCGAAGAGGCCAUUAAGAAUCUUGUGGAGCUUGUUUCCAAGGGCAAGCAGCCAAAGAAGAGCCACUGCUUCCAGCCCAUGAACAGGGAGCGCCGCCGGAUCGUCCACGAGCUGGCCGAGGUCUAUGCCGUAGAGAGCAUCAGCUACGACAGCGAGCCCAAGCGCAACGUGGUCGUCACCGCGCUCAAGGGGAAGUCGCUGUGUCCAAAAUGGACGCUGACCUCGUUGAUUGAACGUGAGACCAGCGCCAGGGCCCCCGUGCCCAUUGCUCACAUCAAACAGGCCAGCAGCAGAGUCUCCAGCACCACCACCUGGUCCAAGCUGGUCAAAGAAGAGCCGGUCGUUGAUUAUUUUGACGUGCAGGACUGAAGAAAGAACGCAAGAAUGCUGUGGUAAAUUUGAGCUUGCAUGGAUCCUGAAUCAGGUCUUGAAUUUUGACAUACAAUAGAUAUAUAAUUAUCACUUUCACCACAGCUGUAACAAAACGCUUUUCAGAACAUCUAAAAUAACUUCACAUCCCACGAAACAUUAGCUAUGAUACAAUCGAAACUGUUCUUGUUUGCAACCACUUUUCACGAAAAGGUGAAAUAAAAGUUAUUGUCCUCUUUUGAGAGUA